AUGAACAUGAGAUUCAACAGAACCCUCUUUUGGCUAUCUAGCUUUGUCAUCUUUUCUAUUAUCAUUGUUCAUUAUACCAUGCCACUUACCAGCACUUCUAACACUACUAUUAAUAGUUCUCAAGGUAGUUUCAGUUUUCAACUUGCCAUAUUAAACAAGCUAAGCGAUGUUCAAGAUUUCGUGUCUUUGGUGGUAUCAAGUAUUGCACAACAUCAUCAUAGAGACAAACGAAACGAAAAAUGUGACAGGGUCGAACGGACUUCUAAAUUAUUUUUAGACUGUAAUGCUACCAUUGUUUUCACGGUUGAUUUAAAGGGUCGUGCUAACUUCAGUAGCGUUCAGAAAGCAGUUGAUGCUGUUCCUGAAUCUAGCUCUAAUACCACUCUUAUCAUAAUCAAUUCCGGUAUAUACAGAGAGAAGGUAGUGGUCCAAGCCAACAAAACAAAUUUAAUACUACAAGGUCAAGGUUAUCUUAAUACAAUCAUAGAAUGGAGUGACACUUCAAAUUCCACUCAUGGGACUCCCUAUAGUUACUCAUUUGCAGUCUUUGCUUCGAAGUUUUCUGCUUACAACAUUAGCUUUAAGAACACUUCUCCUCCACCUUCACCAGGAGAGGUUGGAGCUCAGGCAGUGGCGCUUAGAGUUACCGGUGAUCAAGCCGCAUUCUAUGGAUGUGGUUUCUACGGCGGGCAGGACACACUCAAUGAUGACAUGGGAAGACAUUAUUUUAAGGAAUGUUUCAUUCAAGGAUCCAUUGAUUUCAUAUUUGGAAAUGCCAGAUCACUUUACGAGGAUUGCACCAUAAACUCAAUAGCGAAACAAGAUGUCGGUGUUGGUGGAUCUAUUACAGCUCAAGGAAGACAAUCAUUGGAUGAACAAACAGGAUUUUCAUUUGUGAAUUGCAACAUUGUUGGAAGUGGAAAAGUGUGGCUUGGAAGAGCAUGGGGAGCAUUUGCCACAGUUGUUUUUUCAACAACAAACAUGUCUCAUGUUGUAGCUCCUGAGGGAUGGAACGAUUGGAAUGAUCCAUCUAGAGACCAGAGUGUCUUCUUUGGGGAGUAUCAUUGUUAUGGACAUGGAGCAAAUUAUACAGCUAGAGUCUCUUAUGCAAGACAACUCAGAGAUUAUGAAGCAGUCACAUAUAUGAAUGUUUCAUACAUUGAUGGGAAUGAUUGGCUUCUUAACUAUUUAACUUGA